AUGGCCCAGUGCAUAGGUGCCCGCCAGAAACAAGGCAAAAUGGUUAAAGUGAUGGCCGAGCACUUAGAAGAUGCUUUCAAGCUCCAGGAGUCUCGCGGAGCCUAUGCAAUUUGUCGCAACAUUCAAUACCCCGAUGCUAAUGAAAAGGAAAUUAGCUCGAUGAUCAGUGGGAUGGAGCAGGAAGUCAAGGCGGCGAUUGAAGAGAGGGGUGCAAUCCUAAACGCAAUGGAAACGAAUAGUAACAAGAGAUCUGCUUCCGGCAAAACUGGAAAUGAUGAAAAGAUAUGGAAGGCAAACGAGGACAAGGACUAUUAUAAUGGUAGGCUCUAG